ACGCUUACGAGAGUAAGGGCGGGCAGCUGGAUGGAAGGGUUGGAGAAACUGACCAAUUUGAGAGAUUUGGGAAUAGAUGAAAUACGAGGAGAUGUCCAUAUGGCAUUAUCUCGUUCCAUUAGUAAAUUGGUCCACCUCAGAUCAUUGUCGCUAAGUGCAAGUUAUCAAUUGCGGAUUCCGGCUUUUGAGUCCUUCUCAAAACAUGAGCAUCUAUAUAAAAUGAAAUUGAAAGGACGCUUAGAGAAAUUACCAGAGUCGCAUGUAUUCCCACCUAACCUCACUGAGCUUUGCUUGUAUUAUUCCAAAUUAGAACGAGACCCGAUGGUAACACUGGAGAAGCUGCCCAACCUUCGGAGUCUCUAUUUCCACGGCUUUAUUGAAGACGUUUACACAGGAAAGGAAAUGGUUUGCUCUGCUGGAGGGUUUCCACUGCUCGACACUUUGACUAUUGGUGCAUUCCCUGAAUUAAAGGAGUGGAGAGUGGAGGAAGGAGCUAUGCGGAAUCUUAGGUGUUUGGAGAUUUCAUACUGCAAAAGAUUGAAGAUGCUUCCUGAUGGAUUGCGAUAUAUCAUCACCCUUCAAGAAUUGAAGUUGGAAUACAUGUCAGAAGAAUUGAAAGAAAGAGUAAGAAAGAUCGAGGGUAAGGAUUGGUUAAAGAUCCAACACAUACCCUCAAUUUUCAUCCAAUAAGAGUAAGGAUAUCUUUUUCUUUAUUUAAAUUUUAUUUGUCAUUUCAAUUUUGAUAUAUUUAUUAAAUUUGGAUCCUCUGCCCGCCAUAUCAGCAGGGAUUUUUUAUUUGUUGCAAUGUGAUUAGUGGAGUCAGUGAUCACGUAGCCAUUCACAUUGCAACAAGCAGGAAGUCCCUGCUUGUGUCAAAGAGAGAAGAUCCAGACUCUUAUUUAUCUUAAUUGUCAGUGAGGGAUGUUUAUUGCCUGGUGUGGUGCCACUGGCACCAGGAUA